AUAUGUUUCCAGACCAUGUUCAGAUAGUCCUUGGUGAUUUGGACGAUUCCGGGCUGGUCGAGGAAGAAACGCGCCGGGCAGACAUCAUUUUCCACCUUGCAAGUACAAACCACCUCAAAAGCAGUCAAGCCAUUGCCAGAGCGAUCGGAGACAAAGGCUCUGACUCACCAUCGUACUGGAUCCAGAUUUCAGGAGCUUCCCUCUUUACUAUCCCUGAAGUCAUGGAGGGCCGAUAUGGAGAAUCACCGGUGGAAGUAUAUGACGACGUGGAGGAUUCUCAAAAGGUUCUCAGCCUCAUUCGAAACAGCCCAUCACGACUAGUGGAUAACCUCAUAAUGGCCCAAGAUCCGUCAGUCGCACGGACAGCCUUGAUUGUUGCUCCUUUGAUCUAUGGACAGGGAGCUGGACCUGUGAAUCAAAGGAGCAUUCAGGUGCCAGAGAUCGCACGGGCAACGUUGAAGUACGGACAAGGGUUUCGCUUGUUGAGAGGUCUCAAUCAAUGGAGUCACAUCCACAUCAGAGACCUUGGUGACCUAUUUUUGCGUUUGGCGCAUGCCGCAGUCAAAAGUCAGCCGGGGCUUUGGAAUGGAGAAGGAAUAUAUCUUCCUGGGUCUGGAGCAAUGGAGUUCGGCGAAUUGAACCGAUGCGUUGCUUCCGCUGCCCAAGAACAAGGCUUACUCAAAAGCUCCGAGAUAGAACUUACGAUCGAUGUUGAUGAGGCGAACAAAGUAACGUCACACGGAGGUGUAUUAUGGGGUACCAAUGCGGUGUUUAGGUCUGGUCGAGCACAGCAUACUUUGGGCUGGGAGCCUCAAGCCCCAGGGUUGGUAGAUUCGAUAGCAGAAGCGGUAGCAUCUGAAGCAAAACGACUGCAAGGACAACAAUAGAGCGGAAAGGGGCCUCU